AUGGCAUCAAAGCAGCACAGCGCAGAAGUGGUCUUAUUCAUGGAUUCUAACGGGAAGUACCUUGAUAAACGGAGGCUCUUCCUUGGCCUGCAAACUGCUGAACUGAGGGACUUGCAGCACUCAGUCGUGUGUGCUGUGAAGGCCCUCUCAGUUCAUGUUGUUGGGAAGCAUGUGACAGAGAUUGUGAACGACUUCCGUGGGUUUUACAGGCUGCUCACAAGUGAUGGGCAAAUGAGAUGGAUUGGUCCAGAGAAAGGUGUCAUACAGCUAGCCACAGCAGCUAUUCUCAAUGCAGUCUGGGAUCUGUGGGCUAAAUCCGAAGGCAAGCCACUUUGGAAGUUGCUGGUAGAUAUGGACCCUAAAAAGCUUGUGUCCUGCAUAGACUUCAGAUACAUAACUGAUGUGCUGACAGAGGAAGAUGCUUUGGAUAUCCUCCAGAAAGCUCAAGCAGGGAAGAAUCCAAGGGGAUAAUUUAACAUUUUACUUUCAGAGAAACACAUUCUGACACAUAGAUAUCCUGCUUACACCACUUCUUGUGCUUGGCUUGGUUUCCCAGAUGAACAAUUAAAACAGCUCUGUACAAAGGCACUGGAGGAUGGCUGGACAAGUUUUAAAGUAAAGGUCAGUGCCGACCUACCCGAUGAUAUCCGCAGAUGUAAACUGAUCAGAGAAAUGAUAGGAACAGACAAUACCCUGAUGAUUGAUGCCAAUCAGCGAUGGGAUGUUCAAGAAGCCAUUGAAUGGGUUUCCAAGUUAGCUGAGUUUAAACCCUUAUGGAUAGAGGAACCAACCUCGCCUGAUGAUAUUCUCGGCCAUGCAACCAUAGCCAGGGCAUUGUCUCCCUUGGGAAUUGGAGUAGCAACUGGAGAGCAAUGUCACAACAGGGUGAUGUUUAAACAGAUGCUUCAGGCUAAAGCUCUGCAGUUUGUUCAGAUUGAUAGCUGCAGGCUAGGGAGUGUUAAUGAAAACCUCUCUGUGUUGCUAAUGGCCAGCAAAUUCCAAGUGCCUGUGUGUCCCCAUGCCGGAGGAGUUGGCCUCUGUGAGCUAGUGCAGCACUUAAUAUUAUUUGACUACAUUGCUGUAUCUGGAAGUCUUGAAAACCGGAUGUGUGAAUAUGUAGACCAUCUCCACGAGCAUUUUGCAUACCCAGUGAUAAUUAAAAAUGCUUCCUACAUGCCACCAAAGGACCCAGGAUAUUCCACAGAAAUGAAGGAAGAUUCAGUAAGGAGAUAUCAAUUUCCUGAUGGAGAGGCCUGGCGGGAACUUUGUAAGCACAAGGUUAAAGCUUAACCACACAGAUUGUCAGCCACAAGUUUUCUCGUGUCAUCUUCUGAAUUAUUUAUUCUGUUGAUCUAACCAGAAGUAGUAAAAUGCUGCCACCAUUUACAGUACAUAAGCCCCUUUGUGUACCAAGGUUAUGAAAAUCAGUGCUUGUGAGCUUCUAUAUAGAACUCCAGGGAUUACUGGAAUAAUUUAAACAGCGGUGGUACUUACAUCCCUGUGUGUACACAUUACUAACACAAAGCAUUGCUGUUAACACAUGACAAAAUGAGUACAUCAGAAAGCUGGGUUGCCAUUUAACAAUUGAAGAUUAAAUCUGAAACAUUCAAGUUUGCUUAGCAUUGAUAAU